AUGUUACUGAAGCCACAAGAGCGUUUCAAUUCUUCGAGCAUCAACUACAAUGAUUUGCAAUCAACCGGAAGUGCUAACCAUCUUUUGCCAUGUCAACAGGCUGCUGAAUGCCUUCCUUCUUAUACAAAAACUUCCAAAUUCCUCAAUAGUUUCAGGAGAAGCAGAGUCAAGAACAAGAUCAAGCGUAUCUACCACGACGUGUUCAGGAAUGAAAAGAAAAGUAAACUCGCUUUAAAAGACAAGAGUUCCUCUCAUGAUCAUCGGUCUAUCAACUGUGUUAUUCAGAAACCCAGUUCCCUAAAGAACCUAUUCACUAUACGAGAACUGGGUAAAGAGCAUCCAAACCAGAAGUUUCAUUAUAACCCUCUACCUCAAAGCAGUCCUCUCCUCGACGGACCAGAUUCUGUCUUUGACAAUUCUGAUGCAAGCAGCCCACUACUAAGGCGGAUUGAUCUGACAUCCUCAACUGACUUUGGCUCUUUUGUUGAAGCCGAAGCUCCUUCUAUGCAACAAGGGCAUAUUUCAAAUCCAACCUCAGAUGCGAUGCUAUCGUAUAAGUCAGUAUCUUCGACAGCGUGCGAUACCAUUGGCAACGUUUCCCCUUAUCAUCACUUCAUGAGGCUUCUAUACGAUUCAGAGAGGGGAGAGCUCAAAGACCAGAUGAUGUUUUCGGCUGUGGCCUAUAUUGCUUUGCUAAAACUUGCUGAAGUUACAGCUUACACCUCAGAAGCUAAUAAGCCAAUUGCGGAUACAAAAAAGAUUGGAAUGAUCGAGCAUAUCUCUCAGCCUAGUUGCCAUGUAAAUACUUCCAAGAAGAGCAAAGCUAACCCUUUUACCUCGAAGUUUCAGAACGCCAUGAACAAGCUCAAAACUGCCGCUGCCGCCGCCUGUGAUAAAAUCGCAAAUGCUGUCUUCCUAAUGAAUUGUAGAUGA